UCUCGCAAAGAUGUGCGCCGGGAGAUCAAAAAUGUUUCAAAAAUCGACAACGUUGUCGCCUUCAGCGCGGUUCGCGUUCUACGCAAUCGCUCUACUGUUACUUUCCUGCGCCACCCAACGCGCGUCGUCAAUGUCACUCGAACGUUUGGGUGUCGAUCAGAAUGAGUUGAAUUCGGCGGUCAUUGCAAAUAAUUAUGAAGAGAAAACGGAAACGGAUAAUGGUGCCGUUGUGGUGGAUGAUAUGGAAUUGGAAGCAGUGCCCGCUAGCGGCUAUACGGAUGCCUAUCUGUUAGUGCCAGCCGGUGGUGCCGCCGAGCGUGAAAGUGUUGAAAAGAAUACAAUUGAAAGUGCGGGUGAUUCAAAUGGUGCUGCCGAAGAACCACAACCCAACGAAGCAAGCGAUAUGUUGAUGGUUGAGUCCAAUGAUGCGCCCAUGCAUGUGUCCUUGCUCGCCGUGCCCGCUGAGCAAACUGAAACGGUCGAUGCCGAUCAAGUGGCGCAAGCAGAAGAAAUCAUUAACGACGAUGAGAGUGUCGUGGACGAAGAACUACCCAAUUUAGAUGAUAAGAUUUUGGAGAUUCCCAUCGAACCGGAGCUUCAGCAGGUCGUGCCUGUAGUCGCUGUGGAAGUACCAGUAGAAUCCAUUGAAAAAGUGGAUAACGCAGCCGCAACCGCUGAGGUGGAACAUGAUACACAAAAUGAGGAUACCAUUAGUGCCGAACAUGAAACUAUUGCCGACAUGAUUGCCGAUGCCGUUGUGGAAGUCGAGAAGGAUAUGGAGAAUGCGCAGUUGGCUGAUGAGCAGCCAAGUAAUUUAGUGCCAGUUGAGAGUGAAAUAUUGGACGAAAGUGAAACGAAUGUGCAGAAAAACGAAGAAACUGAUAAUAUCCAGGAAGCUGCGGAGCAGGAUGCCAUCGAAAGUUUGUCUGCGAUGGAAGAGGAUUUACUACCCGAAAUCGUUUCAGUGCCCGUGGAAGCAGUGCACAUUGAGCCGGAAAACAGCAAACCCUUGCCUAUCAGUGACAGCACAGUGAACGAGGUGAAUGUAGAGGAAAACGAAAUUAAAAAAGAAGAAAACGAGCAUUCUCUAGAGAAUGAAAUUGCUGAAGACGCGGCAAGCAAACCUGAUGAAAUUAUUGCAAAUGCAGAGCCGGUGCCAGAAGAAAUUGUGGAGGUCCAACCAGAAAGCACUAAUAAUGAAGAUACUCUAAAUGAGGAAGAGUCAAAUGUGUUACCCGAUACUAUUAUGCAAACCCAAAGUCAAGAAAAUGAGAUUGCAAAUACUAAUCCAGAGGCUGAAAACCCAAAUACGGAAGAUUUGACUAAAGUAGAAGAAAAUGGUUCAGUGCUUAAGCACGAAAUUAAAGUAGAAGCCAGUGAAGAUGUCGUAGCUACGGAAGAGCAUGAAGUGAAUCCCAUGGCCGAAGCCAUUGAAAAAGAAAUUGAAGCUGAACUGGCAGAAAUGAUUGCCGAGGAUAACAAGGCUGAAGAAACCAAUGCUGAGGCGCUGACACCAAACGGAGACCACCUAGAAGAUAACAACAAAGACGAGGAAAUUACCGGGGAUAAACACAUCGACGAAACUCAAAUCGUUGAAGAAGCGCAACAAACAGAAAACGAUCAGAUGGCAGAGGAAAGUCAAACUGCGGAAGAAUUGCAAGCAAUUGAAGAAAUCCAAACCCCUGAAGAACAUCAGUUGAUUGGAGAAACUCAAACUCUUGAAGGAAACCAAUUGGCUGAAGCAGCGCAAAUAACUGAGAACCAACAGCAAGAAACAAUGAAUACCGACGUGGAAACCGAAGAGCUAAAACCGGAAGCCGCUAACCAGCAAUUAGAUGAAGUUACGCAGGAUGCUACGGUAAUUGGAGAAAGUCUACAGGCCGAAAAUAUGGAAAAUAUUGCGGAAGACACUUUACCAGUGGGAGAAGUGGCGGAAGUCGCUACACCAGAAGAAACUCCUGCUGAUAUCAUUUUUGAGCAAGAAUCAACGGCUGAAGAUGUUAAAGAAAGCAUUAAGCUUGAGGAAACUGCUAGUGAAGACAUUAAAGAAGAAGCGCCAAUUGCAGAAGAAUCGCAACCAGAAGAAAUUAAAGAAGAGCAAUUGGAGCAACAAGUGUCCGAAGCUAACAGUGAGCUGUCAGAAUCGGAACAACAGCAGGAAUUGACUAAUGAAGAAGUGCAAGAAACCGCGGCCAAUCAAGCUGAAGUAAACGAAGAGGCAACACAAAAUGAUAGUCAGCAAAUUACAGAAGAGAAAUUGGAAGAAGAAUCGAUGCCAACAGAAGAAGAAGCAGCACCCGAAACACAGGAAAUAGUGGAGGAGAAAUUGGAAGAAGUGCAACAACUAACAGAGUCCGAAACACAACCAGAAGCACAAAACUUGGAAGAACAACAGGGACAGGAACAAGCCGUACCAGCUGCAGAGUUGGUGCAAGACGAAGAACAACAGCCUCAAACACCACUACAACUUGUAGAAAAUCAAGAAGAACAAGAGCAACAACAAGAAGCUCAGAAGACCACGUCUGAAGAGCUGCUACAGCAGGCAGUAGCGGAAGAAGCUCAGGAGCCGCAACAGCAAGCGAACGAGCAAGAAGCUCAGGAAGCUCAACUUGUAAUUGCACAACAGCAUGCUGAAGAACAACAGGCACAAGAGUCCGAGCAAGUAGUAGAGCAACAGCCAUUGGAAGAAGCCGAAGAAAGUGAAAAUCUAAAAGAACAAGCAGAAGAACACUUGGAAGAGGAAAUCAAAGCGGUGCACGAACAAGUCGAGCAAUUGAAGCAAGAGGAAUCAGUUGUUCAACAACAGCCAGAAGAACAGAUCGCUGAAGAACAACCACAAACUGAGGCACAAACGCCUGUGGUCCAACAAAUACUCGCCGAUGCACCUGCAGAAGUACCGCUUGAGCUUGUUACGGAACCGCUGAACGCCGCCCCAAUCGAACCCAGCAAUUCGUUGCUCACAACGAUCAUCCAAGUGCCACAGCAACAACAACUAUUGCCAGUAAAAGUCGAAAAUGACGAAGCACCAUUAAUGGCAGCACUUGUCGGUGUCAACAGUCCACCCGCCGCUGCAGCAGCGCCCACAGUAGCACCACUAAACGUCAUGGAUAGCGUGCUCAAUUAUGUGAAUGCCUCAUUUAUGCAACUCAAUGGCAACAAACAACAGUUAACCACAGAAAAUCUAAAGGAUGACGAUGACGCUGAUUUGAAUGCACAGUUAAGACGCUACGAUGGUGCUCAGGUCUGGAGAAUUGUUGUGCAAAGUGAUCACGAUAGGAAAAUGGCGGAUGAGCUGCAAACCAAAUACGGUGGUCAACUGUGGAAGGAGGUGAAACAAGAGGUCGAUUACUUGUUGAAGCCACAAGUUUUGGCCGAAGCCGCACAGCAUGUACGCGCCGCAAAUCUGUCGCGCAUCGUUCUCAUCGAUAAUUUACAAAAUGUCAUCGAAACGGAAAAUCCCAGCGCAGCGGAAAUCGCACAAUACCAGAACCGAAAGGGACACCGCUUGACUUGGAAGGCCUAUCAUCGUCUCGCAGACAUACAUGGUUUCUUUGAUACAAUGGCAAAAACAUAUCCCGACAUUUGCUCUGUGGAAACAAUUGGCUAUUCUAUACAGAAACGUCCAUUGAAAAUCUUAAAAAUCUCCAAUGGUAAUCCUGGCAAUCCCGGCAUCUGGAUCGAUGGUGGCAUGCACGCACGCGAGUGGAUUAGCCCCGCAACGGUCACAUAUAUUGCCAAUCAAUUGAUUGAAGAUUGGGAGAACUUGCCCGAAUAUAUGCGCAAUGUCAAUUGGUACAUACACGCUGUGGCUAAUCCCGAUGGUUAUGAGUACACACACACCACCGAUCGUCUCUGGCGCAAGAAUAUGCGUUCGCAUGGCCGUCAAUGCCCCGGUGUCGAUUUGAAUCGUAACUUCGGUUACAAAUGGGGCGGCAAGGGUACAUCGGCAAAUCCAUGCGCGCAAACUUAUCGCGGCAGCAAAGCUUUCUCGGAACCGGAGACAUUCUAUAUUUCGAAAUUCAUUAGCAAUUAUCCGCGCGACACCUUCAAGGCGUUCCUUUCGUUCCACAGUUAUGGUCAGUACAUCUUGUAUCCAUGGGGUUAUGAUUAUCAGCCAACUGCCGAUAAAGCGGAUUUGGAUCGUGUGGCGCGCCAAGCAGGAACGACCAUCACCAAGAAGUCUGGUGGCAAGUACACAGUCGGCCCAUCAGCCACGACACUUUAUCCAGCAGCCGGCGGUUCGGAUGAUUGGGCCAAGGGCUUUGCUGGCAUCAAAUACGCCUACACAAUUGAAAUGGGUGACACAGGCCGCUACGGUUUCGUGCUACCCGCCAGCCAUAUCGAACCUAACGGCAGGGACGGUUACACUUUCGCUGAGACGGUGGCGCGCGCCAUCACACAGGGCAACAAAUACAGUCGAAAACGUGCCUUGUAAAAUUGUGGAUUAGUUUAAUUUUCUAAAUUAAUUUAACAUAAUUUAUUUAAAUUAUUUAUUUAUUAAUUUAAUAUUUAUUUAUUGCAAUGCUGACUUAAAGUUAAG